AUGUCAGCCAAUUCAAGAUUAUCAUUAAUAAAAACCCAUUUAUCAUCAUCCAGCAAUAAUACUAACAAUCUAAUUCCUAGAGGUGAUCUCGGUUUAAUUGGUUUAGCUGUCAUGGGUCAAAACUUGAUCCUUAACGCCGCUGACCACGGCUACACUGUUGUCGCAUACAACAGAACUACUUCUAAAGUUGAUGCCUUUUUAGCUAAUGAAGCCAAGGGUAAAUCAAUCAUUGGUGCUCAUUCAGUUAAAGAAUUAUGUGAAAAUUUAAAAAGACCAAGAAGAGUCAUGUUAUUAGUCAAGGCUGGUUCUGCUGUUGAUGCUUUUAUUGAUCAAUUAUUACCAUAUUUAGAAGAAGGUGAUAUCAUUAUUGAUGGUGGUAAUUCCCAUUUCCCAGAUUCUAAUAGAAGAUAUGAAGAAUUAAAGAAAAAGGGAAUCUUUUUCGUUGGUUCUGGUGUUUCUGGUGGUGAAGAAGGUGCUAGAACUGGUCCUUCUAUUAUGCCAGGUGGUAAUGCUGAAGCUUGGCCUCAUAUUAAGGAUAUCUUCCAAGAUAUCUCAGCUAAAUCCGAUGGUGAACCAUGUUGUGAUUGGGUUGGUGAAUCCGGUGCUGGUCAUUAUGUCAAGAUGGUCCAUAAUGGUAUUGAAUAUGGUGAUAUGCAAUUGAUUUGUGAAGCUUAUGAUUUAAUGAAGAGAGUUGGUAAAUUCUCCAAUAAGGAAAUUGGUGAUGUUUUCGCUCAAUGGAAUAAAGGGGUUUUAGAUUCUUUCUUGAUUGAAAUCACUAGAGAUAUCUUAUAUUAUAAUGAUCCAACUGAUGAUAAACCAUUGGUUGAAAAAAUCUUGGAUACUGCUGGUCAAAAGGGUACUGGUAAAUGGACUGCUGUUAAUGCUCUUGAUUUAGGUAUGCCAGUUACUUUAAUUGGUGAAGCUGUUUUCUCAAGAUGUCUUUCCGCCUUAAAGAAUGAACGUGUUGCCGCUUCAAAAGUCCUUGCUGGUCCAUCUGUUGAUUCUAUUUCUCCAAUCACCGACAAGAAAAAGUUCGUUGAUGAUUUAGAACAAGCUCUUUAUGCUUCCAAGAUUAUCUCAUACACCCAAGGGUUCAUGUUGAUGAAUGAAGCUGCUAAAGAAUACGGUUGGAAAUUAAACAAUGCUUCUAUUGCCUUAAUGUGGAGAGGUGGUUGUAUUAUCCGUUCUGUCUUCCUUGGUGAAAUCACUAGUGCUUAUAGAGAAAACCCAGAUUUAGAAAACUUAUUAUUCCAUCCAUUCUUUAACCAAGCCAUCACUUCUGCUCAAUCAGGUUGGAGAUCAACCAUUGCCAAGGCUGUUGAAUUCGGUAUCCCAACCCCAGCUUUCUCCACCGCUUUAGCUUUCUAUGAUGGGUUAAGAUCUGCUAGAUUACCUGCUAAUUUAUUACAAGCUCAAAGAGAUUAUUUCGGAGCUCAUACUUUCCAAGUCUUACCUGGUCAAGAAAAUGAAUUAUUAAAGAAGGAUUCUUGGAUUCAUAUUAAUUGGACUGGUAGAGGUGGUAAUGUCUCUGCUUCUACUUAUGACGCUUAG